AUCAGCCGCCCUCUCGUUGCUCUUGAGUAGGACAAGUGUUGCGCAGAAAAACUUCCGGUUUCCACACGCAACAUGGCCGACUCUUGAUCACCAUGGUAACAGCAACAGCCCCACGUGGGUUACGGAAAGAUGGCGAACAUUGUGCAGGAGAUGCGGGAGCGAGUCCUGCUGGAGGAGUUUGGGGUUCGCAAUGUUCACACCACGGAUUUCCCAGGAAAUUACCCUGGGUACGACGACACGUGGAGCCAGGAGAAGUUUGAAAAGAAUUUCCGGGUGGACGUUAUUAAGAUGGAGGACGAUGUGCUGGAGUUCGAUAUGGUUGGAAUUGAUGCGGCGAUCGCCAACGCGUUCCGACGGAUCCUUCUGGCCGAGGUCCCCACCAUGGCCGUGGAGAAAGUCUUUGUUUAUAACAACACGUCCAUAAUUCAGGACGAGAUCCUGGCUCACCGAUUGGGCCUCAUCCCCAUCCGGGCCGACCCUCGGCUCUUCGAGUAUCGCAGUGCGGGGGACGCGGACGGCACGGAGAUCGAUACUCUGCAGUUUGAGCUCCGUGUGAAAUGCACCAGAAACCCGCGAGCCUCCAAAGACUCCUCGGAUCCCAACGAGCUCUAUCUGGACCAUAAAGUGUACACGAGCCACAUGAAGUGGGUCCCGCUGGGUAACCAGGCCGACCUGUUCCCGGAGACGGAGCCGCCACGUCCCGUCCACGGCGACAUCCUGAUCGCUCAGCUGCGGCCCGGCCAGGAGAUCCACGUCCUCAUGCACUGCGUCAAGGGGGUGGGUAAAGACCAUGCCAAGUUUUCUCCAGUGGCCACGGCGAGUUACCGUCUGCUCCCGGAAAUCAGCCUCCUGCGCCCCGUGGAGGGCGAGUUAGCGGACGUUCUGCAGCGCUGCUUCUCUCCGGGAGUAAUCGCGGUGGACGUUGUGAACGGCGUGAAAGUGGCGCGGGUUCAGAGCUCUCGUGCGGACACCUCCAGCCGUGAAAUCUUCCGACACGAAGAGUUAAAAAAUGUGGUGCGGAUGAAGCGCGUGCGGGAUCAUUACAUCUUCACCAUCGAGUCCACGGGGAUUCUGGCCCCCGACACGCUGCUGAGCGAAGCCAUUAAAGUUCUGAUGGGGAAAUGCCGCCGGUUCCUGGACGAGCUGGACGCCUCUCAGAUGGACUGAUCUGCGGCGACUGGUGGACCCUUAACCCCCCCCCCCCGGCUUGUGUUAAGAGCCGGGACUACAAA